AAUGAAAUUUUCUUUGUUAAAUUUCUGGCACAUUUCAAUGUGUCCAAUGUUUGGCCAGUUAGGAGUUAGCAGUUCCACUGAUCUUACCAUUGAUUAUAUGCUGUUUUAAUGCCUGGAUGUUAAUUUACAAUAAAUUGAAUUACUCUUCCCUUUCCAGAUUUUGAUUUAUACUUUUGUAAUAAUGGCAUCUGCAUCCAAUGAAUUAUUUUCCAAAGACUUCUUUAGAGAUGGAAAAUUCAGACCUCUAAAGUUUGGGAGCGGCUUCUUGGAUGAGUCAAACAAUGAAUUUUUGUCCAUUACUUAUGACUUCAAGCCUCCCAGCUCCGAGACAACCGAGACCACCCUUGAUAUUGGAAGUGAUAACAAUGUCAAUAUCACAGUUCGCCAGGAGAGUGAUGAAGUCACCACCUAUAAGGGGUCAGCUCAAGAGCCAUCAAAAGAUUGCUUCCUGAUCAUCGACCACGUUACUGGCGAGAUCACUCUUGAAAGAGUCUCAAGCGUUAUCAGAGUCAAAAGAACUCGAGAGCUCAACAGUAACCGUCAGAGACCCAACACCCCAUCGGGCUCUUGCAGAACACAAAACUCCUCGACAAUGGAGUCCAUGCCCUGCUUGGGAAUGUCUGACGACGACAGCAUGGAUGAGGAUGCGACCAACAGCCAUGUCAGUCCCCGGGAUGCUCCUCAUAUGUCCGUCAACGCCGCCCACAUGCUCCCCACUGCAGUAGGAGGUUCAAACUUGUCUUCCUCGUCGAGUUCUUCGGAGUCCUCUUCUUCAGACUCUGAUUCUGACUCAGACGAUGAAGAGAGGAGAGCAAAGACGGAGCCGAAACACAAACCUACUCCUAUGCCCCGUGACUCUGGAAUGUCUAAAGUUUUGAUCAACGAUUUGGAACUUUCAUCAGCCUCUGAAGAUGAGUAAGACUAGAACAAGCGGCACUACUGGAUCCUGCUCCUUGUGAUAUGCAAGUGUCCUAAAGACCGCUUCUGUGCAAUGUACUUUUAGUAAUCUCUCUGUACUUGUAUUACUAAAAUUUUCACCGUUUAAUAUAACGCUUUGAAUGGUAUGGUCACUAAGCUGCUUACUUAUUGCCAUUGGCGAAUAUUUAGGCUGCCGAGCUCAUUGGCUAAGUUUAAUUUGAAUUUAGCUUCUCGCACCUUCGAUAUUUCUCAAGAAUUCUGUUGCGCCUUUCAGAGAUUGAUCUGGUGUAAUGGUAGCCGAUUAAUUUAUUCUUAAACGUUGUGCUACUUUUAGAGCCAUGCUUCAUUUUUCCACCUGUUUCUGAACCCUACUUAACUCACUCCGUUAUCAGAACCUUGAAGCGUUGAGCAAUUUGCCCUUCAGCUCAUCUAAAGCUAGAAGAAAGUUGUUGGGGUUUGUAUGAAGAAGCUCUGAAGCGGUACCAUUCACGCCGCGAAUGCGUUAUCUUGGGCUCUUAACAGCGUUUUACGAUGUGAGAUGUAUAACGGCUAGUGAUUCAUUCAUAUUGCAAUUCGACUUAUUUAGAGUUGGUUUUUGGUUCUAAAAAUUGCAUACUUGUAUCUUGUUUGAGACCAUUUGUGUGA